AUGGGCCACAAGGACGGCGCAUCGCUAGCCUUCAGCGAGCUGCGAAAGGAAUCGCAAGAUCUCUACAACCGAAUCCACUCCAUUGCGGAGGACGCCGCUUUCGUAGACCAAGUCUAUCAGUCUUACCCCAGACUUCCCCUCAUCCCCAACAUGCGAUGCGGAGCCUGGUACACAGACCCUGAUAUUGCAUCAAACGAACGUGCAUAUUUCAAGUCUACCGAUGGACAUACCGGAAACUGGAGCUUCAAUCUUCGAAGGCCAAAUCUACACAUAUUGCCUCUAAUUUGUGCGCAUGCAGGACUGCUCUUAGUGGAUUCUACGAGAGCAGGCAAACGCAUUCCAGACGCACUCUCCAAAACCGUUCCAAUCUGGUGCGCAGUUAUAAAUAGGGCCGUCCUUAAAACUACUCCGAAGAUGAACGUGAAUAUGGAUGUCUGGAAUACGAAGUUCUACACUCCACCCGGUGUGGUCAGCGCACAAGAGCAUGAUCAGAUAGAGCAAAAGUUAGAUGGGUGGGCGGAUGAUCUUGCUGCUUCGUUCUACAUACUCCCGAAACUGCAAUAUCCCCUCCGCCCGAUCUGGAUAACGCCCAGCACCACCAUAUUCCCCACAUUUCCCGAUACAGAUGCUGAACGGAGAUUCUACCCUAUCAUCUGCAUAUCCGCUUCGAAGCAGGUUUUGGACGGCAUGGAGAGACGCAUCACAGGUUUUGCGUAUAUCCAGGGAUCGGGGGAUGAUCACGAGCUCUGGAGUAUGGGCCUCACCCCCGCUCAAUUCUGGAAACACAAACAGCCCCUUCUUCACGCAAACCGUAACGAACUACCUACCCUCGUUCAAACCCUCACAUCCUCGCUCUCCACACGCACCGAUUUAAACUCCGACGCGUCAUUUCAUUCCACACCCAUUCAAUACGUUCAGGGUAGACUCUCAAUAUCCAUCACUCGUGACAUUUCUUCCCCUCUCAGCGACGAGUCUGCGCUGGUCUAUCUAACCAGCGCAGAUUAUGCACCACCCGCUUUCAAAGACCAUCCGCUCGUCCUAUAUAUCAAAACGCCUCAAGGCAAAAAAGGCCAGCAUCACUUUCUACAUACCGUCCUCCCACAAGCCAUGCCCUUUAUAUUUCUCCACCUUCAGAAUACGCGCCGCAUCUGCAUAGCCUGUGAAACAGGCACGGACACGAGUAUCGGCGUCGCCCUAGCAGCUCUGACCAAGUUCUUCAACGAUUCAGGGGAAUUUUGUGGUGAGUAUGAGUACGAACGGGAGGGUGUCCUUUCCAAAGACGACAUCAAAACCCGCUUGCACUGGAUAAUAACAAGUUAUCCACAAGCCAAUCCUUCGCGCACCACUCUCAAACGCGUCAACGAAUUUCUCCUUUCUCCCUCUGAAUUCCUUUCCCCAUCCGCCGCGCCAAACCCACCCCCCGAUGAGUCAUGA